AUGGACUCGUCCAACCCUUCGACGUCUUCCUCCAACAACACAACUCCAUCUCUCAAGUGUCAAGUGUGUUUCCAAGCGGCUCACGGCAAUCACUUUGGCGUCGAAAGUUGCAGAGCGUGUGCCGCUUUUUUCAGGUUCUUUUACUUUAUUCCUUUUUCGUUUCCAUUCCGAAUGAUCUUUGUAGGAGAGUCUUUGUUACGCACAAGCAACAUUUUAAAUGUCGUGUGGGCGAUCAAAAGUGCACACCUGACAUAUAUGGACGGUUUGUCGAGGGGAAGGUCGGUCACAAAAGAAGAUAAAAAAUGGUUUAGAUGGAACUGUAAACGAUGCCGAACCGACAGAUGUUUCGCGCUGGGAAUGAAGCCGGACAGUCUGUUUUUGGCAUGAUGUUCUUUGGAAAUUCUGGAAUUCCAGAUAUUCAACACAACCGAGAUCUCUUUUUCUGUUCCGAGAACUUUUCAAAGCGAAACAAGCCGAUGUUCUCUUUGCCUCCGACCGUGACCGAUGAGUUCAUUUCGUACGUCGACCUGAGUCCGUUGAUCGAAACUUCAACGAGAAUGCUUCAACAUGUAAUCUUUGCUCAAACUUUUCUUUCUUUCUUCAAUUCCAUAGCAAUUAUUACUUCAGAGCCCUCGACUCGAAACGCGGCACGAAUCGUUGAGUUCUCUAAGGAAACUUGCGCUUGGAUUGAAGGAAAUGCGAAAAGCACAGUUGUGGGACGAUAUAAAGGUUGGCCACGAGUCUCGGGGACAUACAAAGUAUCACGAAGUUUCAGGAGAUUGAUGUGAUCGGCCGAACGGAAUCCAUCAAUUACAUGCGAACAGAAGUCGGCAGAUCCGCCCAGUGGCUCAUGUACUUUGACGAGUUUAGAAAUCUCGAGUUAGAGGACAGAGUCAGUUAUUCAUAAGAUGUGAAAGUGCACACAAGGUUAUGUUUCAGUUGCUCAUCACAAAAUGCAUGUGGAUACUGUUCACGAGAGUUGAGCGAAGUGCAAUGACUGCUGAAAUGAGACGACAGAACAAGUUGAGAGACAAUGUACGAUUGUAUCUAAAAUAAUCCGAAUGAAAUGGUUUCAGGAGUUUUCCUUCAAGACAGACGUCAAAGUGAAUUUGGAUACAGUCCAAUGGAAUUAUGACUGGCUCUCGCCCUUUUCGACGGAACAGAUGCAAGCGUGAGGAGUUCAUAAAGUCUAACGGGUCCAUUUAUAGAUACAUUUCAGAUUUCUCGGAACGCCGUCCGUUGUUUUUUAUGGAAAAUUGGUGGAUUGUAUGUUGGAGAUUCGGCCGACCGACGAGGAACUCUGCUAUCUCGUCUGCACGCUUUGCUUCCACCACCUCGGAAGCAGAUUAGGAGGUCGGAUUCAGGAAAUGACGGAACGGCUUCAAGCGGUUCUGGCUGAUGAUUUGCACAAGUAUUACUUGGAGACUGACAAAACGUCCCGCUACCUGCAUAGACUGAACAAAGUGCUGAAGAUCAAUCAGCAGUACAAGGUAACAUUAUCAUUAUUCUUAUUCUCCACGUACCCAACACUUUUCAGACUUUGACCGUCGAGCGAAGACGAUCUGUUUUCCUGGGAACCGUGUUCGGCGCCUUCAAAGUUCAGUGGUCUCAUCAAGAUUGGUUCAGCGACGCUAGUUGA